AGAGCCAGAACCACAGCCCGUUCUGAGGAGCUUCCAAAGAAAAACAAGAUGGCCACCAAGGAGAAGCUGCAGUGUCUGAAAGACUUCCACAAGGACAUCCUGAAGCCCUCACCGGGGAAGAGCCCGGGCACACGGCCCGAGGAUGAGGCCGAGGGGAAGCCUCCACAGAGGGAGAAGUGGUCCAGCAAGAUCGACUUUGUGCUCUCCGUGGCUGGCGGCUUCGUGGGUUUGGGCAAUGUUUGGCGUUUCCCGUACCUCUGCUACAAAAAUGGUGGAGGUGCGUUUCUAAUACCGUAUUUUAUUUUCCUGUUUGGGAGCGGCCUGCCUGUGUUUUUCCUGGAGAUAAUCAUAGGCCAGUACACCUCUGAAGGGGGCAUCACCUGCUGGGAGAGGAUCUGCCCCUUGUUUUCUGGCAUCGGCUAUGCUUCCAUCGUGAUUGUGUCCCUCCUGAAUAUCUACUACAUCAUCAUCCUGGCCUGGGCCACGUACUACCUGUUCCACUCCUUCCAGAAGGAGCUGCCCUGGGCGCACUGCAACCACAGCUGGAACACGCCCCACUGCCUGGAGGAUACCAUGCGCAAGAACAAGAGUCUCUGGGUCACCCUCAGCGCCUCCAACUUCACCUCCCCGGUCAUCGAGUUCUGGGAGCGCAACGUGUUGAGCUUGUCUCCUGGAAUUGACCACCCCGGCACUCUGAAGUGGGACCUCGCCCUCUGCCUUCUUCUCGUCUGGCUGGUCUGUUUCUUCUGCAUCUGGAAGGGCGUCAGGUCCACGGGAAAGGUCGUCUACUUCACGGCUACCUUCCCAUUUGCCAUGCUGCUGGUGCUGCUGGUCCGUGGGCUGACGCUGCCUGGGGCAGGUGCAGGCAUCAAGUUCUAUCUGUACCCUGACAUCACCCGCCUCGAGGACCCACAGGUGUGGAUUGACGCCGGGACCCAGAUCUUCUUCUCCUAUGCCAUUUGCCUGGGGGCCAUGACCUCGCUGGGGAGCUACAACAAGUACAAGUACAACUCGUACAGGGACUGUAUGCUGCUGGGAUGCCUGAACAGUGGUACCAGUUUUGUGUCUGGCUUCGCAAUUUUUUCCAUCCUGGGCUUCAUGGCACAAGAGCAAGGGGUGGACAUUGCUGAUGUGGCUGAGUCAGGUCCUGGCUUGGCCUUCAUUGCCUACCCCAAAGCUGUGACAAUGAUGCCGCUGCCCACGUUUUGGUCCAUUCUUUUUUUUAUUAUGCUUCUCUUGCUUGGACUGGAUAGCCAGUUUGUUGAAGUUGAAGGACAGAUCACGUCCUUGGUUGAUCUCUACCCGUCCUUCCUAAGGAAGGGUUAUCGUCGGGAGGUCUUCAUCGCCUUCGUGUGCAGCAUCAGCUACCUGCUGGGGCUGACGAUGGUGACGGAGGGUGGCAUGUAUGUGUUUCAACUCUUUGACUACUAUGCAGCUAGCGGUGUAUGCCUUUUGUGGGUUGCAUUCUUUGAAUGUUUUGUUGUUGCCUGGAUAUAUGGCGGCGAUAACUUCUAUGACGGCAUUGAAGACAUGAUCGGCUACCGGCCCGGGCCCUGGAUGAAGUACAGCUGGGCUGUGAUCACUCCAGUUCUCUGCGUUGGAUGUUUCGUCUUCUCGCUCGUCAAGUACAUACCCCUGACCUACAACAAAACCUACGUGUACCCCACCUGGGCCAUCGGGCUGGGCUGGGGCCUGGCCCUGUCCUCCAUGUUGUGUGUCCCCCUGGUCAUCGUCAUCCGCCUCUGCCAGACAGAGGGGCCGUUACGCGUGCGCCUCAAGUACCUGAUGACCCCGCGGGAACCCAACCGUCGGGCCGUGGAGCGCGAAGGUGCCACGCCCUACAACUCCCGCACAGUCAUGAACGGCGCGCUCAUGAAGCCCACCCACAUCAUCGUGGAGACCAUGAUGUGAGCGCUCCCAGGGCCGGCCGCUUUCCCGCUGUUUACUAACAUUAGAUUCUCAUAGGACCAGGUUUACAGAGCUUUAUAUUUGCACUAGGAUUUUUUUUUUUUGGUAAUUGUCACAGAAGAUGUUAUUGUGUGUAUGUGUGUGUGAGUGUGUGUAUCGUAUGUGUGUGUAUUUUGUUUUGAUUUGGGGAUAUUUUGUAUAAAAAGAAAACCCCUGGGCAGAUGUCCGGGGAGAGGCAGAGCUUUCAUAUUGAAUUAGAUGUAUUUUUGGGAACUUGGUAAAUUUUUCUUUGUAUUUUUUUUUUACAUAUGAGUAUAUCUACACUUAGAGAUUGUCAUCUACUUCGCCACUUGAAUCAAUCUUGCCAGCAAUAGAUCUCAUUUACAAAAGCAAUUCUUCGGUGCUUGUGUAGCUGGCAGAAAGUUCUGCCCAGAAAAAGCAGGAUGAUUGUCCUGGGACAGCAGACCUGUCUUAAAGGUGUCGGACCUUCCCAAGCCUGGUUCAGGUGGAGGAGAUGGCAGGAGAGGGCCCUGCUGGCUGGCAGACCCUGAGGGAGCGGGAGGGAAGGGGGCCCGGAAGAGACACCUCAUUAUACUUCCCUUAGCCAAGAAGAGAGAUGCCAAAAUAAUGAGCCAACCAGUCAAUAAAAGCCCCACAGCAGAAGUCUCCUUCUGGGAGCAGUAGCAACUGUUGUACCAGGAGCAAAGUCCCACUGCAUUUUGAGACGGCAGGUGGACAGGCCGCAGGACCGUCAGAACCACUGGUUUGAGAAGGAGCAGCUGGAGACCUCAGAGGUCUGGCAGGAAUGAAGCUCAUGACUUGGGCUCACAAGAGAUGGCCAAGGCAGGGGAGGCCAUGGUCCUCCCUGGGGCAUUUCAGGAGAGAGGCUGGAGGCUGGCCCAGCAGGAACCGGGUGUCAGGGCUCAGAUGAGUCUGUGGUACUUGGACGGGAUCAUGGCAGGUUUAGGUCCUUCCCCGAGCAGCGUCUCGGUGUCUCCCGAGGCCACUUGGAGUGAAGCAUGAGCCUGUGUCUGGACAAGAGGUAAGGCCAGAGGCGAGGAGACCGAAGCACGUGGGCCCCGAGCAGGCGUGCUGACGGCUCGGUGCUGGGAAGAGGCUUCUCCUUCCUCACCUCUCCCCCCUCUGCUUUGUCCUCGGCUCCCAGAACUGGGAGACUCCCGACAGGCUGUUGUCAGUGAGGGUACAGGGCUUCCCUAGACCCAACAGGGUGGCCAAGUGUAGCUUCCAAGGCCAGAUCUUCACUGCGGAAAGUUCUCCCAGAAUCCUCCUCCCGGUUUAGGCCCCAGGGUGACCCUCAGUAGUGUCCCGUGAUAGAGUCAAGCUCUUCUUUUCAAAACCCCUGCGGCAGCCAGUGUCGGGCAGCCACCACGGAGGACUGCAGAGAAGGUUGGGGUGGUCAGGGACUGUGUCCCAGUACUGGCUUGACAACAGUUGUGUGUGGGCCAGAGAUCCUUCCAGAGCCAGGAGAGAAGGCUCGACACCUUUAAAGUCCCGCGUGCAGACACACCCCUACCCCAGCCCCAUUUGGACCUAAACUGUGCCAUGUGAACAGUCACUUCCAAGUUCAGUAGAAACUAAACCGAAACAUCGUCAUGCACAAAGGCAGUGACCGCCGGGCGUGGUGCGCAGGGUGGAGCCUUGCUUGGGUUUUCACUGCAGGGACUCUCAACCCUGGAGCGCUCCUCCCCAAACCCAGGAGGAGGAGGAGCGUUCGGCCCCCCCAGGGGCAAUUCUGAACCUCGCUUUGAGAAGCGCAACUCACUGUUUCCAAAGCUGUCUACUCUGCCAGACAACACCCAAUCCUAUUCCAGACUGUCAGCGAUUCUGACAUGUUCCUAUGUUUCUGUGUAUUUAUGAUUGCUGUUGUGUCUGAUUUGAUUUUACUGUUUCUUCCCUGAUUUUAUCGAGUAGCAUUGUGACCUGUUUUUGUCUUAUGAUGUAACUUUAGCAAACUAACCACUGUCAUUGGUUGAGGACAGGAGACACGUGGGGAGGAGGGGCUUGGCAGCCGCUGCCCAGGCAUCUGCGAUUGUUUUGGGCCACAUCUCCCCCUGGGGCUCGCUCCGGUGAAGGACUGCAGGAUUUCACACUGGCAGGCACGUUGCCACUUCUGGAAGCAGCCUGGGGAAGGCCUCUUCUCACAAGAUUCCCAGACCAAAUUCUAGACCAAAGAUGCCUGCAGACCCACCCCAGGCCCCGCCUGAAAGAAAGGGCAGCUGCCUUCCCAAGCCACUCCUCAGUGUCCCCCAGGCUCCGAUUCUGACCCCACCCGGCCCUGGCUCUCGCGUCUGAGAGCACGGCCCUGUGCGUAAUGUGUAAUGGUGCCCAACUUUCAUAUGUCUCCUAUAAAUGAAAAUUUUCACUAGAGCUCGUGACUGGUCCGCCUGUCUCCGGAGAAGGGGCAGAACCCUCUGCCCACUCUCUGCUUGGGAUAGGUUAGAAAUCCUGAUGCCCAUGCAUAGCCCAGGCAACCAGAUCUGGUAAAAACGCAGGGAGUGUGGGAAGUCACCUUCGGAGAUGAAGAAGCAGGAGAGGGCCCCAAGGAUGAGUCUCACCGAGGGAGGUGCUGCACGAAAGUGGGCUGUGUCCACGAGUCCCCGGCGGUCAGGGAGGGAGAGGCCUCCGGGCUCCCUCACCCAGUGCUCUUGUGGAAAUAGGGAAGCCGCGGCUCCAUGAGCCGGGACUGGACCGAGACUUUCUUGAGUCAGCUCUGGCUGCGGGUUCCCCGGGUGUGUGCGGGGAGUGGCGAGCGUGACCAGAGCUAAGUCCAGGGAGAAGGGCAAGGCCUCCCCUGGCAACCAAAGACCAGCCUCAAUGAGCAGGAAGCACCGCCCCGCGUUCAGGGAGGAGGAAGGCCGCGUGAGUUGCCCUCCGACCAUCCGACCAUCCUCCCGACCCGCUGGACCCCAGACUUUGGUUGAGAGCCGGGUGGCUCUGGGCGAGCCCCUGUCCACCCCAGCCCUGCACAGGCACCCUCUGAGCAGCCCUCCGUGAGCUAGCAGUCAAGAGCCCUGUCUGCACAAGAGGAAACUGAGCCCCGGAGAAGCCAGUUGCUAUGCCAGCACCUCUGGCAGGACCAAGUGAAGGCCCCCUCACGCCAAACAGCCCGAGGCUACGUGGGAAAUUCCCAGGCAGCAGAAGGUCGCCUCAGAUGCCCCCCUAGGACACCCCUUGGGCUGGUGCGGCUCCUUUGCCGUGGCUCCGGUCUUCGUCCCAGGCCUCAGCACACCCCAGAGACAGUGGGGAAGCAGAGCGUGCUCCCCAGCCCAGCUCGGGGUAUUCUUACGUCCCCUGGGUGCCACCAGCCCUGCCAGCAUCUCCCACCACUGCCCCUCCUGACGGGGAAAUGCUCUGGGUAGCCAACCUAACAGCACAGGCACCUUGCUGCUCCCUGAGACUCAAGUGCAAGCCGGUAAAGGACCCCAGAGAAAUCCCUUCUAGGUGGCUAGAAGUCCCAUGCCUCCCUCAGACCCAGGGCCAGGCGGCCCUAAGCCAGGUUGUUCAGUGGGUGCUGUAAAUACCACUGUGUACAAAAGCCCAUCGGGACAAAACCACAAAACAAAAAGCCCGGAUAGCAAGAGGUGGGCAACGCUGAAAGCAGCCUCUCUCCCCCCCUUUUUCUCUUUCCCCCUCCAUGCCUGACCCUCAAUAUAUAUUGUUUUAAUAGGAAGCAAUUCUUCAUUGUUCUCUUGUGGGUGUCACUACAGACAUGUUCCUAUGUGUUCCCUGAGGGAUGGAGCAUCUUGUUAUAUAUUUGGCUUCAAAUUGAGAUGUUGGCUCCAUUUUUUUUUUACCCGAUUAAUCUCCCAGUCCCUAACAACUGUGACUCUGUAUUUAGCACAAGAGAAAGCUGAGAACGUGGGUCUUGCCUCCUUCCAGAAAUAUGCCUGGCUCAUCAGGACAUUUUUUUUUAACUUCAAAAUAUUUUUAAGAUAUUUUAAACUUUUGUAAAAAAAAAAAAAAUCAACCAACAAGAGAUUCUUCUGAGGAGGAACAUUUGUAUAUGAACAAGAUCCUUGGUGUGUAAUUCAGUCUUGCAGUAUACAAGCUUUUGUGUAUAAAUGUUUUAUGAUACGAAUCCCUGUAUUUUGCAGGGCUUUUUUUCUUCUUUUGCUUUUUAGAUAAAUACGUAUACGAUAUUUUAAAUUCAUCUUUGCUUUUUUUAGAGGAGUUUGUAAUCACCUUAUAACAUGAAAAUAAACAUUUCCUUUUUAAAAUCCA